AUGUCCACCCCUGAGACAGCAAUAUCUGACGUCCAAUACAGCGAAGAUGCGCCCACCAAUCCGCGCGGCAUCCCGCGUGCCAUCUUCAUCGACCGCGUUGAAGAUUACAUCACCGACCGUUCAGAAGUUGAGAGCACAAUCAACAGCUUCAAGGAGAUGAUAUCGAAAUACCAGUUUAUGCAACAGAACACGCAACGACGAGCGGCGGGACUCAAGGAUAAGAUCCCUGACAUUCAGAAGACGCUGGAGACGGUGCGCUUCUUGAAGUCCAGGAAAGACGAUGCCGAGCCACUCGAGACGACUUUUGAACUCAACGAUACGCUGUUCGCAAAGGCGGAAGUCCCGCUUACGGAUGAGGUCUACCUGUGGCUAGGCGCAAACGUUAUGCUUGCGUACCCGAUCCCAGAGGCGGAGGAACUCUUGUCAGGCAAACUCGCAACAGCAAAGCAGAGCUUGUCAACAUGCGAGGAAGACUUGGAUUUCUUGAGGGAGCAGAUCACCACACUGGAAGUCGCUUUCGCCCGCGUAUACAACUGGGACGUCGCACAACGCAGGAAAGAGCGCGAAGGCGGCGAGUCAAUAGACGACAAGAAGCGGGGAUCGCCAAACGGUUGA